AUGUCCACGGUCGAGAGGCUAGACAGGCCAAGUACCUACUACUCCGCAAGGAAGAAGCGCAAGUAUGGUCGAGACCAGCCUGAAGAUGGUGACAGGCAAACAGAGCAAGAUGACCUGCUGAAGGAUGCAACCACUCUCUACGUGGGAAACCUGUCAUUCUACACCACUGAGGAACAGAUUCACGAGCUCUUCUCCAAAUGCGGCGAAAUCAAACGUCUCAUCAUGGGUUUGGACCGUUUCCAAAAGACUCCGUGUGGCUUUUGCUUUGUGGAAUACUACACACAUCAAGAGGCACUGGAUUGUAUGAAAUAUAUUGGCGGCACCAAGCUCGAUGAACGCGUCAUCCGAACUGACCUGGAUGCUGGAUUCCAAGAGGGCAGACAGUACGGCCGCGGCAAAUCGGGCGGCCAGGUCAGGGACGAAUACCGAGACGAGUUCGACCCUGGAAGAGGAGGCUAUGGCCGAGCGAUUGACGCAGAGAGGAAAAAGGAGGAAGAAGAAUAUGGUGGCGGCAGAUGA